AUGGCCUUCAUUCGGCCUUUGUACAAUGAUUCCACGAUGAUGACAAGAUCCCUGGUGAGGCUUCCUGGUCUCAUCUCUCAGCCUCUGCCCCUCCCCUCAGCCAUAGAACUGGCACCGUGGAAGAGAUUCGCAAGAUACCAGGCUUUCGAUGCCUCGUUCGACCCGGAUGAGUUGGCAGAAGCCAGGAGAUGGCGUCAGGCCUUCAGCGAGGACGCCCUGCCCAAGGGCACCACCACCUUUGCCAGGUCGAGCGGGCCAGGUGGGCAACACGUGAACAAGACUGAGACCAAGGCAAUCACCACCUGGGCCGUAUCGGAACUGAGCCAGGUCGUGCCGAAACUCAUGCGUCCUCUGUUGCGCUCCUCCAAGAACUACGUCAAGGGGAGAGACUGCAUCUCGUUUCAGGCGCAGACAAAGCGUGACAGGAAUGCGAAUGCCGACGAGAACCGGACCAAGCUGCUGGAAGAGCUGCAGAGGAUGUACAGUGACGCUGUGCCCGGCGACACAAGCGUCGAGAAAGUGCAAAAGCACAAGGCAUUGGAGAAGUCAUUCCGGGAGUCCAGACUCAAGACGAAGAAGUACCAGAGCUCCAAGAAGCAAUCCAGGAAGGGGGGAGGCUCCGAGUAG